UCAAUAACAUCUUUGGAUUGGGACGCACUGUUUUCCGGACACUGCUGGCCAGUCCCAAAAUGGAACAUAUGGAGGUGGUCCUUCUACUUCUUUUAUUUCUGAAAUCAGGUCUCGGAGACCCCCUGGAUGAAUAUGUAAAUACCCAGGGAGCUUCCCUGUUUAGUUUGACUCGGAAGCAGCUGGUGACAGGAAGCAUAGACGAAUGUGCAACAAAGUGUGAGGAGGAAAGCGACUUCAUUUGCAGGGCAUUCCAGUAUCACAGUAAAGAGCAACAAUGUGUGAUAAUGGCUGAAAACAGCAAAUUUUCCCCAGUCCUUAGGAUGAGGGAUGUCAUUUUAUUUGAGAAGAGAAUGUAUCUUUCAGAGUGCAAGACUGGAACUGGGAAGAACUACAGGGGGACCGUGGCCAAAACAAAAAGUGGUGUCGCCUGUCAAAAAUGGAGCGACAAUUCUCCACACACACCCAACUUUUCACCUGAAAAAUAUCCUUCAGCGGGAUUGGAGGACAACUACUGCAGGAACCCAGACAAUGAUAAGAAGGGACCCUGGUGUUACACCACAGAUCCAAGCACGAGAUUUGACUACUGCGACAUUCCUCAAUGUGAAGAUGAAUGUAUGCAUUGCAGUGGAGAAAAUUACGAGGGCAAAAUUUCCAAGACCGUGUCUGGACUUGAUUGCCAGGCGUGGGACUCUCAGAGCCCACAUGCUCAUGGAUACAUUCCUGCCAAAUUUCCAAACAAGAAUCUGAAGAUGAAUUACUGUCGUAACCCUGAUGGGGAGCCCCGCCCAUGGUGUUUCACCACCGAUCCCAGCAAACGCUGGGAAUUCUGUGACAUCCCGAGAUGUACAACACCGCCACCAUCUUCUGGGCCAACAUAUCAGUGUCUGAAGGGAAGAGGCGAAAGCUAUCGAGGGACAGUGGCUGUCACCGUAUCUGGGCACACCUGUCAACGCUGGCGUGAGCAGACACCCCACAAGCACAACAGGACCCCAGAAAACUUUCCCUGCAAAAAUUUGGAAGAAAACUAUUGUCGUAACCCUGAUGGAGAAACAGGUCCAUGGUGCUAUACAACCAACAGUGAAGUGAGGUGGGAAUACUGCACGAUACCAUCCUGUGAGUCCUCUCCAUUAUCCGUGGAACAUUUGGAUGCCCCAGUACCACCUGAACAAACUCCUGUAGCCCAGGACUGCUACCAGGGUAAUGGGCAGAGUUAUCGAGGGACAUCAUCCACUACUAUCACAGGAAGGAAAUGUCAAUCUUGGUCAUCGAUGUUACCACACCGGCACCAGAAGACCCCAGAAAACUACCCAAAUGCUGGCUUGACAAUGAACUACUGCAGAAAUCCAGAUGCUGAUAAAAGCCCUUGGUGUUAUACCACUGAUCCGAGCGUCAGAUGGGAGUUCUGUAACCUGAAGAAAUGCUCAGAAACACAAGAGCAGGUCACAGAAUCUUCAGCUGCUGCCCACGUUCCAAGUAUAGUGGAUCCUUCUGAAGCAGACUGCAUGUUCGGCACUGGUAAAGGAUACCGGGGCAAGAAGGCGACCACGGUGGCCGGUGUCCCCUGCCAGGCGUGGGCUGCCCAGGAGCCCCACAAACACAACAUUUUCACUCCAGAGACAAACCCACGGGCAGGUUUGGAAAAAAAUUACUGCCGCAAUCCUGAUGGUGAUGUCAAUGGUCCCUGGUGCUACACGACAAAUCCAAGAAAACUUUUUGACUACUGUGAUGUCCCUUAUUGUGCUUCCUCUUCAUUUGAUUGUGGAAAGCCCCAGAUAGAGCCGAAGAAGUGUCCCGGAAGGGUUGUAGGCGGGUGCGUGGCCGCCCCACACUCCUGGCCCUGGCAAGUCAGCCUUCGAAAAAGCCACUUCUGUGGAGGCACUUUAAUAUCCCCAGAGUGGGUGUUGACUGCUGCCCACUGCCUGGACAGCUUCUCAGGGCCGGCAUCAUACAAGGUCAUCCUGGGCGCACACAAGGAGACCGCCGUUGAAGAGAGUGUCCAGGAAAUACAAGUGACCAAGCUGUUCCCGGAGCCCACUCGGGCCGACAUCGCCUUGCUCAAGCUGAGCAGCCCUGCCAUCAUCACCAAUAAGGUAAUCCCAGCUUGUCUGCCAUCCCCGAAUUAUGUGGUCGCAGACCGGACAGUAUGUUACAUCACUGGCUGGGGAGAAACCCAAGGCACUUACGGUGCUGGCUUGCUCAAGGAAGCCCGGCUGCCUGUGAUUGAAAACAAGGUGUGCAAUCGCUAUGAGUAUCUGAACGGGAGAGUCAAACCCACCGAGCUGUGUGCGGGGCAUCUGGCUGGAGGUGCUGACAGUUGCCAGGGUGACAGUGGAGGGCCUCUGGUUUGCUUUGAGAAGGACAAAUACAUUUUACAAGGAGUCACUUCAUGGGGUCUUGGCUGUGCACGCCCCAAUAAGCCUGGUGUGUAUGUUCGUGUUUCAAAGUUUGUUACUUGGAUUGAAGAAACAAUGAGAAAGAAUUAAUUAGAUGGGAGAUGGAAGCAUCAACGGAUCUGAAGCUGGAACAUGGGGAGGGAAUUCAGCAUAUGCUCAGAAAUAAUAGACAGUAAUCAAACUAAGUUUGACACUGUACUUAGCUACCAGCUACUGCCAAACCUCAACAUUUUUUUGUAUUGUUGUGGAUAACUUGUUCCUGUCCAUGGACUGCUGGAUUCUGUAAUAAUGAGGCAAUACAGCUAUGAGAUUUGUUGAAAAUAAACUCUUUACUUCCUUUG